AUGGACCGCAUGCUAAGUCAUAACUGCACCUCAAAUGUAUGAAUAUAUCUCAGUGGAAUCAAACAAACUAUCACACAUUGUGAUAUUAUGGCAGGACACGUGGCGGAUUCACUGCCGGUGGGUGUUUUCUCCCCCCGAACGGUUAACUCGGGGGUCGGGACAUGUGGAGACUCUCUCCCCCCUCGGUAUGACAUCACUGCUGGACGGAGCAGCAAGGAGUGGUUUCUGUGCUGAAAUUAAUGGAACAAACCCUCACACCCUGAAGGAGGAGGAGAAGAAGAAGAAGGAGAAGAAGAAGAAGGAGAAGAAAAGACAGUUCAUCCACCGUCCAACCAAACUGACAGCGGGUCGGCCGCAGUCUUCGUUGUGUUCGGCCGAGAGGGGAAUGAACUGCUGUGGAAGAUAACAUCGUCUGCGCCGGACAGAGGAAAGAGUCCCGGCGGUGGCUGGUUUUGUUUUUUAAAGUAAAGUCUCGCCCUCCUAACAUGCGCUGCGUAUGAAGAAGUUGAGCUGCGGUUUGAAUCCACCCUGGAAGACCAUGCUGUCCCUCCUGCUGCCUGUAAUGCUCGCCGUCCAAGCUAUGGCCGUGAUGGAGGUACGAGUGCCGGAGCAGCCAGUGGUGGCGCUGCACGGCGGCGAUGCCACACUCAACUGCUCCUUCAGCCACGCCGGCCCCUUCAACCUGUCGGACAUGAGCGUCUUCUGGCAGCUGACUGACACCAAACGCAACGUGCACGGGUACUGGGAGGGACACGACCAGCUGGCAGACCAGGCCGACAGAUUCGCCAACCGCACCAGCCUGUUCCCCGCCCAGCUGGGUCUGGGCAACACUUCGCUCCUGCUGAGCAGGGUGGUAGUGGCGGAUGAAGGCAGCUACACCUGCUUCGUGAGGGUGCAGGACUAUGGCAGUGCCGCUCUGCUGCUGCAGGUGGCCGCCCCCUACUCUAAGCCGGUGGUGACUUUGGAGCCUGAAUCCAACCUGCGGCCAGGGGAUGAGGUGGCCCUGACGUGCGUGGCCUACGGUGGCUUUCCUGAGGCCGGCGUGAUAUGGCAGGAUGGGGGCGGGCGCAACCUGACGGAUAACAUCACCACUUCAGUGGUGGCCAAUGAAGAAGGGCUGUUCUCUAUGACCAGUGUGCUGACAGUCGUGCUGGAGCCCAACAGUACCUACAGCUGUCGAUUGAUCAAUCCCCUACUGGGCGAGGAGGGCUACGCCUUUGUCACAAUCACAGGUCAGAACAUCGCAUUCCCCCCGGUGGCUCUGUGGGUAACUGUGGGCCUGGCCGUGUGUCUGCUGGUGCUGCUCAUUGCCCUGGCUGCUGUCUGCCGCCGGAAGAUCAAGGAGAGCUGCGAGGAGGCCAGGCGAGAAGCUGAAGAGGCCAAGGAGCUGGAAGAAGAGGAGUCAAAGACAGCCAUGGCAAGCCAUGACACCACUGAAAAGUUAAGGCCAAGAGAGUAAAGGAGUCGGGGGCCGGGCGGCGGGCGGGAGACGAGCCUGCCGGGUAAUCCCAGUCCACCUAUCCAUCAACCUGGAGAACGUAUUUUCCAGCGUACCCUACAGAAUGUCAAAGGCUCGCUGAGCGGAAGAUGAGUCCAUCACCUUCUUUCCAAGACUUUCCCUCGAGUUUCCAUCAAAACCCAUAAACACAUCAUGUGCCAUUAUUUUUUACUGCCCUCCCUCUCUUCCUGUCAAUGGACGGGGCCGCGCAGCAAGUGAGUGAAUGCAGCUGAGCGGGUCGUCUUCUGGGCAGUAUGCAAAAAAAAAGAAAAAAAGAAAAAAGAAAAAGGAGGAGCCGCGUUUGAGAGCUACAGGAUGUGACAGGAUCCUCCCUCGGCCACCGCCGUCAGUUCUGCACGGGGGCCUCGGUGGGGCAUGUGCCAGGGAUCUCCUGUCUAAUAGGAAGUGAGACUCUUCAAGAAAUGACCCCGCCUCAGUUGCCAUCACUGACUCUGUGCCAGAGAGGGGGGGCUUGGCUCCCGCAUUACUCCUGCACUCGCUAAUUAGCGUCUGUCGACGGAGUAACUUGUACCUGUCAGUGUGCGCCGCUCUGCUAUAUUCGGCAACUUGAAGGAAUUGAAAUUGAAUGCCAGCUAAGCUCCAACAAACUGCAAAUGGUGCAUGGAAUACCCCCUGAUUCUCUCACUGACCUGACAGCCUUAUAUGUAAGAAAUAGUUUUUAAUGAACGCAGACUAUCUCAGCUCGUUGCUACUGCUGGUGUGGUGUGUUUUUAUCUCCUCCGGGCUAGGGACUAUACAAUUUGUUUUAUUGCUUCUUCUCUUUUUUUGGUACUUGUGCAAGUCCCCGUGCCAUAUGUCCAUGUAUGAAUGCCAAAGCCAUUUGUGUCCGAUUAACCCAGUGCCUAUUUACAUUAAAGAGACUUGUUUAAA